AUGCACCGUCAUCUCCACGAUCACGACCACCUCGUCGUCGCUCAGACUCUCUCCAUCGACGGGGGCCCCGGUCUAUAUCACCCGAGCCACACGUCCAUCGUCAUCCAUAUGACCGUCCAAGACAUGAUGUACGGAGACCACCAGAGCCAGGAGCAGAGCCACACGUCCGGCGUCCCUCGUAUGAACGUCCCAGAAGAGACGUAA